CACCGCACCGCGUAUAUGGGCGCCCGCGACACAAAAACCCAGACCGCCGAGGCCAGACAGGAGGUGGACGUGCUGCACCUGCAGCUGCAGAACCUGUAUUACGAGCAGGCGCACCUCCAGGGGGAGAUCGCCGCCUGUGAGAGCUAUGACCACGAGUACCAAAAGCUCCCCCUCAUCCCCAUCGAGGACUUCCUUGCCAAGCAUCCUGAGCAUGCAGACAAAAACGAUGAGAACACCCUGAUGGUUGCUCGCAUCGAGGACGAGCGUGCCGAGCGGGAGGCCCUCGAGCAGCAGCGUCAGGAGCUGCUCAAGAGGAAGCAGAAGCUCAUCGCCGAGAACAAGAAGCGCAGAGAAGAUCUAGCCAACUUGGACAAUGACCUGGAGAAGUUUAUCGAUGCCGCGAAACCGAUCCAGAAAACUUUCGAGAAGGUGGUCUGAGCCGCGAAACCACAGCACCUGGAUUGUUAUCAGUGAAACAUUUCAGUGGACAGAACCUCUCACACCGAGCUAGACAAACAAAACAAGUUUGACAACACGACAGCUCAAGCCCGCCAUAUACUAGGUCUACACUUGACGACUUUUCAGAGCAGCGUCAUCGGCCGUCCGGCACGAUUACAUGGCUCGAAAAUUCCUGAUAAGAAUACGCUCUUGGCUCUAUGGUCAUGGCGGCUUGGACCAGAGGAAGUUUUGCAUGUGGCCCAAGAUAUUUCAAAGAGCCCUUGUGCAUCAAGUCUCCGGUCUUGGCGACUGCGAUAUGUGCCUGAGAUAUGAUGGCACAAAUAUGUACGAUCUGAGGGCCAGGCACAGGUGAUCAAUCAAAGAGGGGGUAUAUCCCGCCUCUGGCUCACCUACCCUUUCUCAAGGGCUUGGCGAUGAAAGGGAACGAGAAGUGAUGGAAAGGUUGGGUCAGGGCUGGAUUGAAGGCACGAGAGAGCACAGAUUGGUAGCGGAUAAUUCUAGUAAUGCUCUGCGCACCAUUUGGCAUAAACAGCCCUCAGCUAGAGGAGCAGUUCACGGAGUCAUAAGUCAGUGUCAGGUCAACUGCAUGAAGUCCCAAGCCGGACUCGCCCUUUGUGGUCGAGGCUGAAUAGGACCUUGUCUAAGAAUGUCUCAAAUUUGCGUCACUAAUAAGAAAUGUAUUGCAAC